AUGUCUUUCCACGAAGCUGUUGACCGUGGUGAUUUUGCGAAAGUAAAACUGCUUCUUUCAUCGGACAAAUCUCUCGUGAACUCCGUAAAUGAGUCAAUGACUCCAUUGCAUCUGGCCUGCUUCCGUGGUCAUACGGAUGUGGCGGAGUUUUUGUUGAGAAAUGGUGCUGAUGUCAACAUGCAAGAUAAAAGACAAGGGUAUACCGCAUUGAUGUUUGCUGCGAUCGCUGGAAAUAUGAGUCUGACUGAGCUUUUACUCAGGAGUGGCGCACGCAGCAACUAUGUAAACAAGGUCGGAAGGACAGCCGCACAAAUGGCUUCUUUCGUUGGCAACUCUGGUGUUGCUGCCCUAAUAAACAAUUUUCUUGAGAAGGAAGAGGUUUUAGCAUACACUCUUCUUUCAGCCCCAGCCAACCUCAUCAUCACUCACAAUGUUGCUGAUUCACUUUAUCGCUUGAUCCUUGACAUCAAUAUUACACCUGUCAAAAUACUGUUGCGACUCAACACUCACACUAUGGAAGACUCUGAGGAAAUUCAAGGUUCGCAACGGGAGACUUUGCUCAGCUCAUGGCACCAUGGAGUAAACGUGUUGGAAGAUCUCCUCGAGAAAUACUUUACUCCACAUCAAACUCACGAGGCUUUGGCCCUUAAGUUUCAUCUUAUUGCGUGCUGUUUGCGUAGGGCCGGAGAAUACAUUGAAAAGCAGGGUCAACAUCCUCUUGACUCCUGUAAGGAAUCUAUGGAUGAUUCCCGAAGACAGGUUGCCUCCAAAUCUAAACUUAUGGGACUAAUCAGAGAGUUCCUCAGAGGUGGUGAUCCACAUGGCCUUCCUGUCGGACAGGAACAAUUCCUGCGCCAAACGCUGACUUCUUUUCCUCACCGGGAGUCCACACUUUGGCGUCACCUGGUCAGCCAAGUCUCCAAUGUGCAACCUGGGUACAGCCCCACUGCCCUGACCGCAUAUGAGUACGCCAUUAACGGUCAACGCCCAGUCACGUUCAUGGGUGACGUGGCGUCUCAGUCAUGCUCCACUUGCGGCGAUGUUGCCUCGUUGCAUGGGCAGAUCAAACUGUGUCACAACUGUAUGGAGGUUGGGUACUGCUCUGUCACUUGUCAGCGGAUACACUGGUUUACUCACAAGAAAUAUUGUUCGAUUUUAAAAUCACACCAUGACGCUUGUGAGCUUUCCAAAAAGAAAGCAGUGGCAAAGUCACCAUCGCCUUCAAGCUAG